AUUCGGCAUUUUUUUUUUGUAAAUUUUUAAACGUUGCUCCUUUCGAUAACUUGCUCAAUCGAUAGAAAAACGUUGUUUGGUAACAUUCGUUUAUUUUUUAAAGCAAUAAAUUAAUACAACGUGAAGCUGUAACUGGUUAUGGAAGUCGCUUAAAAUAAAAUCCGUAAAUUUUUAUUUAUCACUUAAUUUCUCCCAAUGAUAAAACCAAAAAGAAAUGCCUUUAAAGUUGCUUGAACAGUGAAAUACAAGGAGGAAAGUUUCAUUAUUGAUUAUUCUAUUGGAUGCCUCUGCUUAUGGCAAAACUGAAGAUGUCUCACAAGUCUUGCGUUGAAUUGAGCGAAAUUCGAAAACUGGAUAAAAUUGUACGACAGUGUGAGCUUUAUUUGUCAAAUAACAAUAUGGAUUCAUUGAAUAACGAACCAUUAAAGAAACAAGGCGGCCUGAAAAAAAAUUGCAUCACAAAAUCCAAUAAGUUCGUUGAAAGGGAACUAUUUUCUCUCAUGUGCAAUUUAAAUAAAAUAGAAAAGAAACAGAUAUUUGUUUCAGAUAUACUAAUUAAUGCAAGCAUGUUUGACGAUAAAAAGGAAAGUCAGUCAAGAUAUUCCAAGCAUGUGUCGGAUCAUAAUGUUUUGCUUUAUCAUAAAUUUGUGCGAUAUAGUGACAGUAAUGCUCUAAGUAUAAAAACAAAACGAAGUGGCAAAUCUGUGGAGAAAAAUAAAUUGAAUUGUGUAUUCUCACCGCUAAUGAGUGAAAUAAAUUCAAAACGAGAAUGCAUAAAAAGGACAAAGGCUAAUAAAUGCGAACACGAAUUCGAAUCGAGUAAUUACAAUAAAAAUGAUUUGAAAGUUUUCAAACCAUCUUAUGGUCUUAACGAUUGUACCGGCAAAUGCAUGAAAUGUGAUAAGAAAAAAUUGUAUUUUAAGUAUCAGAAUACGCUAAAGAAAAAAUGUGAACUUUUUUGUUCAUAUGAUAUCUUGCCAAAAAAUAAUAUUGAAAUUGCACAGCAAAAUAAAUGCAAUAAUACAAAUAGCAAACCCUUCGAUUGUGUGUUCAAAAACACAAAGUAUAAUUCAUCGGAAAAGGGAGCUCAAAAUAUUAUGGCCGAUCGCUAUGACGACAUUUUGGAUAAAGAAGCAUUACUUGGAUCAAAAAGCGAAAUUCGUCUACCGGAUCCUGUGGACACGGUACUUUCACUUGGUGGCAAUAUCAUUCAUGAUCAGAAAUUACAAAAUAAUACCUAUCAUAAAUGGACACUCUUACACUAUUCCCCAUUUAAAGCUGUUUGGGAUUGGAUUAUAUUAAUCUUAGUUAUGUAUACGGCGAUAUUUACUCCUUAUGUAGCUGCAUUUCUUCUCGGUGAACAAGAUUAUCAGAGGAAAAAUAAUAUAAAUACGGAUCCCAUUGUUAUAAUUGACUUGAUUGUGGACGUUACAUUUAUCGUAGACAUUCUAAUUAAUUUUCGCACUACGUUCGUUAAUGGUCAAGAUGAGGUUGUCUCACAUCCAGGACGUAUUGCUGUGCACUAUUUAAGCGGAUGGUUUCUCAUCGAUUUAGUGGCUGCUGUUCCAUUUGACUUGCUUCUCGUUGGAAGUGAUACCGAUGAGACAACCACUUUAAUUGGACUCCUAAAAACGGCUAGACUUUUGAGGCUUGUUCGUGUGGCAAGAAAAAUUGAUAGGUAUUCGGAAUACGGGGCGGCUGUGUUAAUAUUGCUAAUGGCAACGUUUAUUUUAAUCGCCCAUUGGUUGGCCUGCAUAUGGUAUGCAAUUGGAAAUGCCGAAAGAUCGAUGGCUUCAAAGAAUACUGGAUGGCUGCAUUCCUUGGCCUAUGAUAUUCAAGAGCCGUAUUUUGACAAUAAAACAGGAGGACCCUCUAUUAAGUCCCGUUACAUUACUGCCUUAUAUUUUACAUUUACUUCUUUGACUUCCGUUGGAUUUGGAAACGUUGCUCCUAAUACUGAUGCUGAGAAAAUAUUCACCAUAUGUGUAAUGCUUGUAGGAUCUCUAAUGUAUGCAAGUAUUUUUGGAAAUGUAUCUGCUAUAAUACAAAGACUUUAUUCGGGAACCGCCCGUUACCAUACUCAAAUGCUGCGAGUUCGCGAAUUUAUACGAUUUCAUCAGAUUCCAAAUCCACUCAGACAAAAACUAGAGGAAUAUUUCCAACAUGCUUGGACAUACACCAAUGGAAUUGAUAUGAACUCUUUGCUUAAGGGAUUUCCAGAAUGUCUUCAAGCAGAUAUAUGUUUGCAUCUCAAUCGCAAAUUAUUAACCACUUGCUCAGCAUUUGCCGAUGCUAGUCCGGGUUGUUUGAGAGCCUUUUCGCUGAAAUUUAAAACAACUCAUGCACCACCUGGCGACAUUUUGGUGCAUAAAGGAGAUGUUCUAACCUCACUAUUCUUUAUAGCUAGAGGAUCAAUUGAAAUUCAAAGAGAUAGUACCAUGAUUGUUAUAUUGGGUAAAAACGAUAUAUUCGGCGAGAAUCCGUGCAUUUAUCCAACUCUUGGCAAAUCAAAUGCAGUUGUCAGAGCUUUGACAUAUUGUGACAUUCAUAAGAUACAUAGAGAUGAUUUGCUAGACAUUUUGGACUCAUAUCCCGAAUUCCUGGAUAGCUUUGUUAGCAACCUGGUUAUCACUUAUAAUAUGAGAGACGAUGAACAUUGCGGUGUGGACAUAAAACAUCGCUAUUUGCGAGCAAAAUCUUCUGAUAAACUAAGAAGUACCAGUGACAUCCCAUCAAUAAGAAUUGUCGGACUACGAUAUAAAAAGCAUAACGUCAAUACGGCUAUGCAUAAACCGAAAAACGAUAAUUCCGGAGACCUUAAUAUUUUUAUAGAAAAUGAAAUGGAAAACUAUCACUUGGACUUAUUUGAGCACAAUAAUACAUAGUGACAUAGAUUAAAUAGUUGUUAU